GAUGUGCGCAGUAGUUUGCUGCAGCCUGAAGCAGUGCACUUACAGACAGCUGCCACAGUGGCCAAUAUCUGCUGCAGUUAGACGACUUUACUGCUCACUGACAUGUAAUCUAUCGCUUAGUACUUGUAAGAAAAAUACGAGACUGGUGAAGCAAAACAACACUGUGGACACAGUUUCAGUUUUGAAUUUUGCUUCUGCCCAAGCACCUCUACAAAUGGAGAAUGGAGAUUGGGAUGGUAAGGUGACUAGUCCUGUUACUUUAAAUGUAGGGGGCCACCUUUACACCACCAGUUUAUCCACCCUACAGCGCUACCCGGAUUCCAUGCUGGGUGCCAUGUUUCGAGGAGACUUUCCCACAACCCGGGACUCACAUGGAAACUACUUCAUAGACCGAGAUGGGACGCUCUUCCGUUACAUCCUAAACUUCUUGCGGACAUCUGAACUUACUCUUCCUCUUGACUUCACGGAAACAGACCUUUUGAGGAAAGAGGCUGACUUUUAUCAAAUUGAACCUUUAAUCCAGUGCCUUAAUGAUCCCAAACCGCUGUAUCCUCCUGAUAUCUUUGAACAGGUAGUGGAGCUGUCAAGCACAAGAAAACUGUCAAAAUACUCAAAUCCUGUUGCUGUUAUAAUUACACAACUUACUAUAACCACAAAAGUCCAUGCCCUGCUUGAAGGUAUAGCUAACAAUUUCACCAAAUGGAACAAACAUAUGAUGGAUACAAGGGAUUGUCAGGUAUCUUUCACAUUUGGACCAUGUGAUUAUCAUCAAGAAGUGUCCCUCAGAGUUCACCUUAUGGACUACAUAAUGAAACAGGGCUUUACUAUUCGAAACACGCGUGUACAUCAUAUGAGUGAGCGUGCAAAUGAGAACACUGUGGAGCAUCAUUGGACUUUUUGUCGACCAGCGCAUAAAGUGGAAGAUUGAGGAUCAGCACUUUUUAAAUGUCUUAAACUCUCCAAUGCCAGCUUACUUAGUAUAUUAUUAUACUCAAUUAAGAGAACUACAAAUUAUGUU